AUGGUUGGCCUAGGGCCGAGUGAUAAAGGAUGUGAUUCCUUUGAUGUGUGCGUGUGUGUGGUGGCACGUGAAACUACACCGAGUGCGGUCGGCCGUGAGAGCACCGCACUUAAUGUCGGUAAUGACAUUGUUGGCCAUAUGCCAUUUAUUGUGGGCGGCCGUGAAGUAACCACACUUAACGUCGGUAAUGAUAUUGUUGGCGAUACGCCGUAUAGUGUGGACGGCCGUGAGGGCACCACAACUAAUGUCGGUAAUGACCUUAUUGGCGAUACUCCAUUUAGUGUGUGCGGCCGUGAAGGCACCACGCUUAACGUCGGUAAUGGCGUUGUUGGCGAUACGCCGUAUAGUGUGGGCGGCCGUGAAUGCACCACACCUAAUGACGGUAAUGACUUUGUUGGCUAG